CGACAAGACCCCAGUCCCUCACCAUCGUGGGCUUGCUGCCUCACUUUUUGACUCCUGCAAGUUCCUUUGUUUUUCUUCCCUCUUCCUCCUCCCUCUGCAACAUCCCUCCCCCCACCAUCGCCCUCUCCCGAAGCAUAUCAUGCUCACUGCGACCAGUCGCUGCUCCCAGUAGACAGACUGCAUUUACCUGUGUUCCUCCCUAUCGUCCGAUACGCGUUCGCUUACUUUGGCGCACCGAGCAAGAUCAAUAACGAAAGACAAUUGGGCUAGGUACCGAAAAGGGUAAUAAAAAAGUACCCCUCAGAACAAAACACGCCGACCCUUAUCCGCCUCUCCCCGCGUCACCCUACCUAAACUCAGCCUUCUUUCGUGUUCUCGACGACCUCCCACCGCCCCGACUGUAUUGGGGUUGGUAAUUACAACAAAAACCGCAAAACCCCCGACUCGACCACGACCGACACACCGUCUCAGUCGCGACCAUGUCUGUCCUUCCACCAGACGUCCACGCCGAGCUGUCCCAGCUGCUGCAAGCUCUGCAGUCCCCGGACAACUCCGUCCGAACCCAAGCCGAAGACCACCUCCAGAACAACUGGACCGCCAACAGACCCGAGGUUUUGUUGAUGGGCCUGGCAGAGCAAAUUCAAGUUGCCUCCGAUGCUUCGAUACGAUCCUUUGCCGCCGUCAUUUUCCGAAGAAUCGCCUCCAAGAGCCGCAAGAAUGAGCGCGGCGAGCUCGUCGACAUGUUCUUGUCCUUGUCCCAGGACCAGGCUGCCGCCAUUCGACAGAAGCUUCUCGAGAGCCUCGGAGGCGAUUUUCAGCGUGCCGUGCGCAAUAAAAUCAGUGACGCCGUCGCCGAGGUCGCGAGACAAUACACUGAGAACAACGAUUCUUGGCCCGAGCUGCUAGGCGGCCUUUUCCAGCUCAGCAUUGCUCCCGACGCCGAGAAGCGCGAAACUGCUUUCCGCGUCUUCGCCACGACCCCGGGGAUCAUCGAGAAGCAGCAUGAAGACACCGUUAUUCAGGCAUUCCAGAAGGGCUUUAAAGAUGAUUCCGUGCAGGUGCGCCUGGCCGCCAUGGAGGCCUUCGCAGCCUUCUUCAGGAGCUUGGGAAAGAAGGUCCAGCCCAAGUACUAUCCUCUGAUUCCAGAUGUCCUCAAUAUUCUGCCGCCUAUCAAGGACAGCCACGACUCCGAGGACCUUAGCAGUGCCCUUGUCGCCCUCAUCGACAUGGCCGAGACGGCGCCCAAGAUGUUCAAGCCCCUUUUCCACAACCUUGUCCAAUUCAGCGUGUCUGUAAUCCAGGACAAGGAACUCGACAACCUCUGUCGCCAGAACGCGCUCGAGUUGAUGGCCACGUUCGCCGACUACGCGCCCUCCGUUUGCCGGAAGGAUGCCACUUACACCAACGACAUGAUCACCCAAUGUCUUAGUCUCAUGACUGAUCUUGGCGAGGACGACGACGAUGCCGCCGAAUGGCUGGCGUCUGACGAUCUUGAUCAGGAGGAAAGUGAUCAGAAUCACGUUGCCGGCGAGCAGUGCAUGGACAGACUUGCCAACAAACUCGGAGGUCAGACCAUUCUGGCGCCGACCUUCAACUGGCUUCCCCGCAUGAUGACCUCGAUGGCAUGGAGGGACAGACACGCUGCCCUCAUGGCCAUCUCUGCUAUAUCUGAAGGCUGCCGGGAGCUCAUGAUCGGUGAACUCAGCCAGGUCCUUGAUCUUGUUGUUCCUGCGUUGAAGGACCCGCACCCUCGUGUGCGUUGGGCUGGUUGUAACGCACUAGGCCAGAUGAGCACGGACUUUGCGCCCAAGAUGCAGACCGACUACUACGACCGCGUGCUCACGGCUAUCAUUCCUGUUCUCGAGUCUCCCGAGGCUCGUGUCAAGUCGCACGCUGCCGCCGCCCUAGUCAACUUCUGCGAGGAGGCUGAGAAGUCAAUCUUGGAACCCUACCUUGACGAGCUCCUUUCUCACCUCUUCCAGUUGCUGCAGAACGAGAAGCGAUAUGUCCAAGAGCAGGCCUUGUCGACCAUUGCAACCAUUGCUGACGCUGCCGAGGCUGCAUUUUCCAAGUACUACGACACUUUGAUGCCUCUAUUGGUCAGCGUUCUUCAGAGGGAGAACGACAAGGAGUUCCGCCUCCUCCGCGCCAAGGCCAUGGAGUGUGCUACUCUGAUUGCCUUGGCGGUUGGCAAGGAAAGACUUGGGCAAGAUGCCAUGACUCUUGUUCAGCUGCUUGCCUCCAUCCAGCAGAACAUCACGGACCCCGAUGACCCGCAGGCUCAGUACCUGAUGCACUGCUGGGGUCGCAUGUGUAGAGUGCUCGGCCAGGAGUUUCUUCCAUUCCUACCUAAUGUCAUGCCGCCUCUUCUCGAGCUCGCCAGCGCAAAGGCCGAUAUCCAGCUUCUCGACGACGAUGAACAGGUCGAACAAAUCCAGCAGGAAGAUGGCUGGGAGCUCGUCCCACUCAAGGGCAAGAUGAUCGGUAUCCGAACCAGCACCAUGGAAGACAAGAACAUGGCCAUCGAGCUCCUGGUUGUUUACGCUCAGGUUCUUGAGGGAAGCUUUGCCCCUUACGUGGCUGAGAUUAUGGAGAAGAUUGCUCUCCCUGGUCUGGCCUUCUUUUUCCACGACCCCGUCAGAUUCAUCUCGGCCAAGCUGGUACCGCAGCUCCUCAGCUCAUACAAGAAGACCUACGGAAGUCCUUCGAACGAGCUCAACGGACUGUGGGCGGCGACUGUAGACAAACUUCUCGAGGUGUUGACGGCGGAGCCUGCCAUCGACACCCUUGCCGAGAUGUACCAGUGCUUCUACGAGUCUGUCGAAGUCGUUGGAAAGGAGUGUCUCUCAACCGAGCACCUCUCCCGCUUCAUCGAUUCGGUUCACUCUGCCAUCGAGGACUACAAAGACCGUGUUGCCCAACGUCUCGAAGAUAAGGAGGGUGUUGCGGCCGAGGACGUGGAAGACGAGGCCGAGGACGUCCUGCUGGCUAUCGAAGAUGACCAGACUCUCCUGUCCGACAUGAACAAGGCGUUCCACGCCAUCUUCAAGAAUCACGGCGCCGCUUUUCUUCCGUCUUGGGAGCGCCUGCUUCCCACAUACGAGGGUUUCCUCAAGUCGGACGAUCCCACACAGCGUCAGUGGGGUCUGUGCAUCAUGGACGACGUCCUCGAGUACUGCGGCCUGGAGAGCCAAAAGUAUGCCAACCUCAUCACCCAGCCUUUGGUCGACGGCUGCAGAGAUUCGUCGCCCGCCAUCCGACAAGCCGCUGCCUACGGCAUUGGUGUGGCCGCACACCGUGGCGGACUUCCCUGGGCACAGUUCCUUGGCGGCGCCAUGCCUUUCCUCUUCCAAGUCACGCAAGUGCCCGACGCGCGGAGCGAGGAUAACGUGUACGCGACCGAGAACGCCUGUGCUGCCAUUGCCAAGAUCCUUCACUACAACGCCGGUUCAGUGCAGGACCCCAAUAACAUUGUCGCGCAGUGGAUCGAGACACUGCCGGUGACCAACGACGAGGAGGCGGCGCCUUACGCCUAUGCCUACCUGGCAGAGCUGAUUGACAAGCAACAUCCCGCUGUUGUCAACCAGGCCGGCAAGGUUUUCGUACUCACUGCCCAGGCUCUAGAGGCAGACACCCUCCAAGGACAGACGGCAAGCCGCGUGGUAGGCGCCAUCAAGGCCCUCCUGUCCCAGGCGGGUGUAGACCCCACACCUCUUCUGCAGCAGUUCUCGCCCGAGUCUCAACGAACAAUUACUUCGUACUUCUCUUGAGUGUCGAGCAAUGAGUAGAAAGCUUCAAAAGGAAAACGGGCGCCAAUCCGGGAUGACCUGGCAAGAGUGUCGUAUUCAAGGUGGGGGUAGGGUGGAGAGACAGUUGAUGAUACCACAGGCACCGGAAAGAGACAAAAGCUGGCCCCCAUGACAUACCAGAACAUCACUGGACUUGGAUAGCUGCUGCCUUACCAGGGCCAUGUCCCGAUAUAGGCGAAGCUGGGCGGCAAGGGUUAUGGGGAAGACGACUCGAGAGGUAACGGUGAUGACAGAAAGGCGGCUUUGGUCACCCCCUUUGUUGUGCUAUCACCGGUUCCCUGCUCGCUGGCGCCAAAGCAAUGAUGCCGAUUGAUGAUAUAAAGGAGUGGUUUUGCUUUUGCAGAUAGAAAUCUAUGCAUAUGAGAUAUGAUCUAUCUCU